AUGCAGAGUGUAGGAGUGAACAGCAACUCUAGCAAUAAUUCAGUAUUCAUUUUUUCUAAGCCUUCAAUUGAAAAAAUUUUAUUGUUGCAGAUACUGGUUGGAUUUUUUGUGUAUGUUAAUUGUUUGAUGAUAUUCACAUUUCUAAAAAAGGAAGCAUUUAGGGAAGAAACACGAUACAUUUUGUUUGCACAAACUCUUUUUGUGGACACUGCUUUUAUACUGUUGAUGGACUUGCUUUCACUUGGGACUUAUUUCCAGUACCAAGUGAACAUGGGUAUUUGUUCUCUUUGUGUACUUAUUGAGAAUUUUUUCAUCUGUUGUACAGCACUGACUUUGGUGGCAAUGUGUCUGGAACGCUAUGUGGCUAUAUGCAUGCCUUUGAGACAUGCUGAGAUUUCCACAAGUAGGACCAGAUUGUAUGGGUUUUUUAUCAUAUGGAGCAUCAGUUCUAUAAUUCCAGCAUUCAGUUUCAUAGGAUACUGGGCAGCAGCCCUACCUAAUACUCUGUUCUUCUCGGCUGUAUGUACUGUAGAAGUGACAUUAACCAAAGAAUGGCAGGCACAUGGUCGUGCUGCAAUUUAUGUUAUGCUUUUUCUUUUUAUGGUCAUUAUCAUUUUCUUCACCUACUUUAAGAUAAUGAUUGCAGCUAGAGCUGCUUCCUCUGAAAAAAAGAAGUCAACCAAUAAGAGCCUCAGAACUGUGCUGCUUCAUGGUGUUCAACUGUUUCUGUGCAUGAUGCAGUUUUUUACACCAUAUAUAGAAAUGGCAUUUUACAAGGUUGAAGACAUGACACUUAGAAAUAUAAAAUAUUCCAAUUUAAUAAUUUUUUUGUUUCUACCACGUAGUCUUAGUCCUUUGAUUUAUGGUCUGAGAGAUGAAAUCUUUUUCCAUGCCUUAAGGCAUUAUGCUUUAUUUGGUACUGAUCGCCUUUUCUGA